AUAUUAUUGAUAAGGCAAUAGACGCCGUAUCUGAAAAUAAUAAACCGGACACAUCAGAGGAAAGCUUACAUUCCAUAAAAACGCACUCUCUACCAACACUUUCAAAAUCAGGUGAAACUAAGUCUGACUCGUCAUCGAUAUCCCCAUCGAAAAGUGGACUCAACAAAAAAACUAAACCGAAGAACAAGCCGAUGGGAAAUACGAAACAAACAGAGUCUCCAUAUGGAAAUUUAAAACCUCCGCCAGUAAGGGGCAAACCUGAAAAGAAAAAGACUCAGCCGAAAGAUGGCACCAGUGCCGCACUUGACAGCGUUCCAAAGAAAACAUCGCUCCCUCCAGUGCAACAGCGGGUACAAGAACAAAAGAUAAGAAGUCGACCUAGUAGUUACAAAUCCGACGUGUCGAUUACAUCAUCAGUGACGUCAUCGAAACUUGCUAACGAAGCCGUCGCAUCCGCUCUGAAAUAUGGAAUGAACGCACUUGGAAAAAGCGGACAAAAAUCCCGGGAAGGCUCAGCCAGUCGAAGAAAGACUUCAGCUCAAUUAAAACCUAAACCAAAUGGAUUAUUAAAAGCCACCCCAAAUAGUAUUCACAGUUCACGCAGUUCUCUAACCGAAGUGACGUCACGUGCUAGCUCACCAAGAGGGGCUGAUGACGACAGUGAUGUGGCGAGUGACAGCAGCGACGUUGAUGCAGUCCCUGUGAACGCUGAGAACACUAACAACACCAUAGGCAGAAGUACAAUAGAUGUACAUGAAAGCGAAAGGUCUGAAAAAGUGAAUAAUAACGCUACGCCAAGUCUUACAUCAAGAACAGGAUCGGAGAUGUCAGUCACGUCUUCUGUUCUUGCCAAUAACGCCGUAUCCGCAGCUUUGAAAUUCGGGAUAGAUCAGCUAGCAAGCAACAACGAAGGACCCUUCCAAGAAGAAGAAUCAGAACCCGUAGAGAAAGGAACAAAUGAAGUUGAGGACCAUGAAAGCAUUAAUGUAAACGAUGAGUCUAAAAGGACAGAUAAUAACGCUACGCCAAGUCUGACGUCACGAACGGGAUCCGCGAUAUCAGUCACGUCAUCUGUUCUCGCCAAUAAAGCUGUAUCCGCAGCUUUGAAACACGGCUUAGAACAGCUUAAUACAAUCACCAAACAGGAUUCUCUCCAGGAAGAAGAACGAGAAAGAACAAGGGAAAAUGAUGUACAGGAGAAUCUGAACUUGGACAAUAGCACUAAACAAGAAUCAGUUGAGCUUAAGGAUGAUGCAUCAGAGAGUGUGAAGAGAAACACAACGCCGAGUUUAACUUCAAGAACGGGAUCGGAGGUAUCAGUCACAUCAUCUAUACUUGCCAAUCAUGCUGUAUCUUCAGCUUUGAAAUACGGUUUAGAACAGCUGAACACAAGUAACACUCACGAAGCCCUUGAGGAGGAACCAACGGGAUUCCAAGGUGAAAAAUCAAAAAGUAAGACGGGAAGUACUUUUUUGACAGAGCAGGAUAAUUCUAGUCAAAAUAGUCAUCACCUUAGGAGUAAAGAAAGUGAUAAUACCGUUGAUGAUUUUGUCCAAAUAGAGAAAGAUAAACCUAACAAUCAGACUGCAGUUCCAACAAAAAGAGUGGCAACAUCAGAUGACAUUACAGAAAAUGAUGUUAUUAAUGAUACUCCAAAGCCAUACGAUGAAGACUCUGAUCCUAAUAUUAAUAACAAACGUGAAUCAAUCAAACCAAGAAUCUCAAUCAUCGAUGACAAUGACAACGAAAUUAACAUAAACAGCGAUGCUUCCAAUGACAAUACCCCGAUAGAUAAUAAUUCUGAGAAUGAAAAACUAGAUUCGCUUUGGACGGACUCAAACAUUGACCUAGAUUCCAGCCUGACUAAACGACCCCCAUCGGGACGGGGUAAACGACCGGGACUAGGGAGAAAAUAUUCCACAAACAGCAGCCUGAAUCUCCUCAGUGGCGAAGAGACUGAUGAUGCUACUCCUAAGAGUCCUAUACCAUGGACGAAUAGAUCAACAACGCCAGUGCUGGUUAUGAAUAAUAACAAUGAAGCGGUAGUUCUCUGAACAGCUGUGGUAUUCUGAACAAUGAAGGGGUUGUGCUUAGAACAGCUGUGGUAUUCUGAACAAUGAAGCUGUUGUAUUCUGAACACCGAUGCUCUUAUAUGAACGAUGAAAUCUAUUACAAUUUGAACAAUGAUUGUGUUGCACUUUGAAAAAUCAAACUGUUGGCUUAAUUAGAAUCAAUGAAUUUGCAUUCUCCGAGCGCAGGGCGAACAUACGUAUAUAUCUCAUAGCUCUGCGGUCGGUAGAUGUGAAUUUUAGGUCUACG